AUGAUAAUUUCGUUUGAAGUUCAUGGAAAAGUACAGAGAGUGUUUUUCCGAAAAUACACGAAGAAAGCAGCUGACGAGCUUGGUAUUUGCGGUUGGGUCGAGAACACUAAAAAGGGCACGGUCAUUGGAGAAGCUUCCGGCCCAGAAGAUAAAUUAAAAGAAUUUGAGAAUUUUUUAUCGCGAAAAGUUUUUGGCUACGUUUAUGCUCAAGUGCCGCAACAUCUCUUGCGUGGUAUCAACGAACUUUGGACGGAAGGCUAUGAAGCUUACUCGAGAAACGAUUACGCUGAAGCUGUGAGAAAUUUCGAAAGACUUCUGAUCAGCUAUCGAAUGCAGAACAAUUUACUGAGCUCUUGUCACCACAAAUGUCACAUUCCAAACGUCGAAUUCACGAAGUUGCAGUUGGCUUCUUUCGAAGAUCUUGAUGAUGGAGAACAUGUCUUCUUUAAAAAUCUUUUGGAACAAAGCACGUGCCUUAAAGAUUGCUUCUUGGAACACCCUUUCGCGCGGCUGAUGAAAGAAAAGAAGCCAAAUUACAGUGUUCAAAAAGCGAUCGACUCGUAUGAAAUCUACAACUAUUUGCAAAUAUCCUAUCACAAUCUAAAAGACGGCCUCAAGGCGGCCAACUCUGCGUAUACGUUUCUAUCGUUGCGAUCUAAGGACGAUCCUGCAUGGGAUGAUAUGAUGCACAACUUGGAAUUUUACAAAGGUGCCUAUCGGGUCGUGGACCAAGCGAUCAAGGAAGAAAAACUUGUCAAUUAUGAAUCGGCGAUGUAUAACAAGCACUACAAACAAGGCGUCGAGUCUUACGAAACAAACGAUUACAAAGCGUGCAUUGAGCAUAUGGAGAAAGCCCUACUAGAGUUUUUCGAAGACUCAAAUGAAUGCGAAAGUCUUUGCUUUAAAAUGCCAAGGGACUUCGACUCACUUCAAGAGAGCUGGACUCAUCUUGCACAUAUGGAGAUGGAAGUGAACGAGUGCCGGAUCGCUUGUCGGAAUAAAAUGGCGGCUGAAGUCUGGAGCAAACGAAAUGCAGACACUCCGCAGGAAAUCUUGCACUAUCUUCAAUUUUGCUACUUUCAAGAAAAACACAUCCUGAAAGGAGCCAACGCUGCAAAGACACUAUCUUUAAUCGCUCCGACUGAUCAAACUGCCCAGCGAAAUCUUAAGUAUUACGAGUCUGUACUCGAUGAGCACUCACUUUCGAAGUCCCAAUUACUGCCAAGACAAGACGUUAUAAAUUAUGUCAAAAAAACCUACCAAAACGAUAAUCUCUCUAACUUGGCAAAUCGUACCUUACUACGUCGCGAAGAUUUAGCCGAAAUCUCGACUGAACCUCUCCGAGACCAAAUCAUCAGACUGAUGUCAGAAGAGAAACUCGUUAAAGUCUAA